UCCUCGGCCGGAGCGAGGAUGGCGCCGGCUCCGCUCCGCUCGUUGUGCCCGUUCCUUCUCUUCUGCCUGGCCUCGGCCGGCCCGGGCAAGACGAUGGCGGUGGACGCGGGAGACGCCGCGGCCCGAGAGGCGGCCCGCUUCGCCUUGGCCGAAGCCUCUCAGACCGGUCGCCUCUGGACGCUGAGAGAAGCCAAGAGCCAGGUUGUGAACGGCAUCAAAUACUACCUGGAUGUGACCCUGCUGAAGAGACUGUGUGGUGGGACUCCGGCCGAGGCCCAAGAUGCUGCUGGUUGUGUCACUCCAGGCAAGCCUGAACAAAUUGCGUGCUACUUUGAGGUUUGGAGUCAACCCUGGACAAGCAAGAAGAAACUGGUGAAGCAAGAGUGCCAUCCUGCCGAGCCAUCUGAGGCAGUCCGGAUGGUAAAACUAGAACAUUGGGAGGUGUUUCGUCCCAAGGCACCUGUUCUGGAAGCUGAAGAGCCAUUCCAGGAGAAGAGGUUUCUGCAGAAUGCCUCCAUCCAGCUGGUUUCCCUCUUCAAGGACUUCCUGACCACUUACAAGAAGAGCUACAAGAACCAAAGAGAAACUGAAAGGCGCUUCCAGAUCUUUGCCGAGAACCUGAAGAAGGCCAAGGUCAUUCAAGAGCUGGAUCAAGGCACAGCGGAAUAUGGAGUCACCAAAUUUAGUGACUUGACAGAGGAGGAAUUCCGCACCACCUACUUGAACCCAUUACUGGCCAAGCUGCCACGCCGCCCAAUGAAAUCGGCCACCGUCCCCAGUGACGCAGCCCCCGGCACAUGGGACUGGCGGGAUCAUGGGGCUGUCACAGAUGUGAAGGAUCAGGGUGACUGCGGAUCCUGCUGGGCCUUCUCUGUGACCGGCAAUGUGGAAGGCCAAUGGUUCCUACACAAGGGCUCCCUGGUUUCUCUCUCUGAGCAAGAGCUUGUGGACUGCGAUUCUCUAGAUGAAGCCUGUGGAGGAGGCCUGCCGUCCAAUGCUUAUGAGGCCAUUGAGAGACUGGGUGGCCUAGAAACAGAACGUGACUACAGCUACGAGGGGUAUGCACAGAAGUGUGGCUUCUCAAAGGACAAGGUGGUCGUUUACAUCAAUAGCUCUGUGGAGAUCUCCCGGGAUGAGAACGACAUUGCUACCUGGCUGGCGAAGAAUGGCCCCAUCUCCAUUGCGCUGAACGCUUUUGGCAUGCAGUUCUACAGGAAAGGCGUCUCCCACCCCUUCAUACUGUUCUGCAAUCCCUGGAUGAUUGACCACGCAGUCCUGCUGGUGGGCUAUGGCACACGUGGCCGUCUUCCGUACUGGGCUAUCAAGAACAGCUGGGGCAAGGAUUGGGGAGAGCAGGCAAGUCUGGGCAUCUAUUCCUUACUCCCAGCCUCAGGCUACUAUUACUUGUACCGGGGCAGUCGAGCCUGCGGCAUGAAUACGAUGUGCACCUCUGCUGUGGUGCGUUAG